UUGUUUUGGUUGUAGGAAACUGACAGACGAUUUGUAGUGGAAAAAGCAGCAAACAAUGGCCGAAGCUCUGGAAAAUUGCUUAACUUGCCGAAGAAAAACGGACAAUUUCCUCCGUAUUUCGGACGAAUCCACCGUGGAAGACAUCGGUGCUGUUGUCGCCGUCCAUUUUUGGUUUCAGGCUGAUCAGUAUGAGCAUCGGGUACUGUGCACCAGCUGCUGGGAAAAGAUCGACGAUUUCCACAAGUUCUACAACGAGGUGAAACGGUUAUGGGCCUGCGAUGAUAGCUUGCCCAACAGCACCGUAAUUAAAACGGAGCGAAUAGUCAAUGAGGAUGGCACCCAUCAACAGGAAUUACUCGCUUACGAUUUGGUCAAAGUGGAAAUCGCUAAGGCCGAAGAGUCUGAGAAAUCCAGCGAUGAAGACGAUGCUGCGGCCAAAGAUAAGGUAGAGGAGGAAGAGGAAUCCGAAUCGUCAGACGAUUCAGAUGAGGACUCCGCGGUACCCAUAGCAAAACGGUUUCGACGUGCCAAGCCCAAACCGAAGCCUGUAAAGCGGGAGAAACCAAUUCGUAAGAAACGUCAGGUCAGCAACACUCCACGGGCCCCGGUUCGCAAAAGUAGGGCCACCAACAGAAGGGAAGAGUUCCCUUUCGAGUGUGAAAUUUGCGACCCGGUCCGAGGCUUUAAGGAAGCCAAGGGUUUACAGUUGCACAACGAAGUGUGCCAUACGGAAGACACCGAGAAGAAGUUCCAGUGUGACCUGUGUGAGAAAGCAUUCGCUAGCGAAUGGCAACUGUCGGGACACAAGAGUUGGCAUCAGAAACAUCAUUUGAACUAUUUCUGCGAAAAAUGUAACAAACAUUUCGAUUCAGGUCGCACUCUGAAUAACCACAUCCAUGCAAAUCAUCCUGAAACCGCACCUGGAUAUUUGCCGGCCUCUUCUGACAAAACCGAGGACGCUGCCACAAAUGAUCAGCAAGCCAUUGAUUCAACCGAAGUUCCUCCAAACGCUUUGCUGAUGCCUGCACCUGCUCGCCCUCGGGCCAAAGCCGGCUGCAAAGCGCUAACCCCAGAGGAAAUGGCGGAACGCGACGAGGUGAUUCAAAAAUUUUGCACUCUUAUUUGCGAAAAAUGUGGAUUCGGGGCCGAAAACUUCUACUAUCUGGAGAAACAUUACAGAAACGAACACGACCUGCUCGGGUACGUGGUCUGCUGCAACCGGAAGUACUUUAAAAAGCGAAAGCUGUACGAGCACUGCCUAAGUCACAUCAAUCCGGAGCUGUACCGGUGCGAGCUUUGCAAAAGGAAUUUCAGCGACAGUGACAGCCUUGACACUCACAACAAACGGGUUCACACACCAGACGCUUUGAAACCGUUCAAAUGCGACAUCUGCGAAGCGGCCUUCCACAAGGAAUAUUUACUGAAAACCCAUAUGAAGUACCACCUCUCAUUGGAGCAGAAAAUCUACAACUGCAAAGAUUGCGGCAGAUCGUUCGGAGCAGCGACCUACUUACGCACGCACCAGCAAACUGUACAUGGCGCCGUAUCCAACUGGGUGUGCGAUAUCUGUGCCAAAGGAUUCGCCCACAAGUGGCGGCUGGAGAACCAUCGGCUUUCGCACACGGCAGAAGGAGCUGCCAGUUUGAAGCGCCAGUGUGACCACUGCAAGAGAUGGCUCCGGAACGAGAUCACCUACAAGGCCCAUCUGAUGCGCUGCCUGAGCACCAAUCCGGUCACUUGCGAUCUCUGUGGCAAGGAAUCGGCCAACGAGCUGGCCCUGGUAAGUCACAAACGGAUCCAUCACACGGAGCAGCCGGUGUACACUUGCAGCUACUGUGGGAAGGAGUUCAAGCGCGCCAUCCGACACAGAGAGCAUGAGGCGAACCACCGGGGAGAGGUGCUGUACCAGUGCCCGUUCUGCCCGUACACUUGCAAUUCCAAUUCCAACAUGUACACUCACAAGAAGGUGGCUCAUCCGGAUCAAUGGGCUGCCAAGCUAGCCGAUAAGUAUUAUAAGCGGUAAUUUUGGAUUGCAUAGUUUGCUAGUUUAGAACGGUAAGAUAUAUGAAAAAUCUGUGGAGUUUUAA